AUGAAAGCCCCGCUGUCCAAUAGGAACAUUAGCAAUCUGCCUUUAAUCUUGUUCCCGUCUGUAGCCUUCAAACUUUCAUAAUGACUGACAAUGAUUUCCAACGCCUUAUCCAGCGAUUUUACGGUUUGCAAACUGAACGUGUAGAGACCUAUCGGCUGUUUGAAGAUGGGCAUGAAGCCUAUUUGAAGUCCGGCCCAGAGUAUGAAUUUCAAAACUACAAAGAGCUGGUUCAUGAGGUUACACUGACCUUUAAUGGCAUCAAUAAAGAGAUCAUCGAAAUGAAGAAUCGAUUCAGGGAGGAGUAUGAACGUCCAGACCUGGCCGAACAUCUUGAGAAAAUCCAGGACUUUGAAAAGGAAAAAUUAGAACUGACAGCUAGAUUACAGAUUGCAAAACAAAAUAUCCAGGAUCAUCCAAGUCGGGAAACCUAUGAGGAUGAGGUGCAAAUUCUAAAACACAAGAUAAUUAAAACCUUGGAGGCAAUCAGUGAAGUAUUGCAGGACUUCAAGUACGACUGUGAGGAAACACAAUGAAACUUCACCCUUCAGAACCACAGAAUGGGGAAUGACGCCUGGAUUUGUUUAUUUAUUUUUAUUUGCACUCAAAUGGACCCCCCCUCAUUUGUUUAAUUUCUGACCCAUUUUAAAGGGUCAUGGAACCCAAAAUGUUUCUUUCAUGAUUCAGAUACAGAAUACAAUUUUAAUAAAGUUUCUAAUUUACUUCUAUUAUCAAA